CCUCCAAGUUCCUUUGUACCAACUUCCACCUUAGUAUAUCAGGUACCUCAGGUGUCAUCAUCAUACUGGGCGGUAACUCUAAAGGCUGUGUGUGAACCGUCUCCCUUAUACGGUAACUACACUGCGCGGCGUCAAGGUCAGAUGCAGUUACACCCAUGUGUGGUUUCUGAAUAGUAGCAAUUACUCAUACCUAGGCCACUAACAGCGGAUUGCUUCUUGCCAUCACCAGCCUUCUGUUAUUCUGUCUCAAAAGAACUGGGUAACAACCUUCGGAAGAUGAACUGAGGGCUCCAGCAAAGCUUGUCUUUGCGCCUGAGAGUCCACUCGGCCUACCCACUUUGAUGCACGACGAGGAAGUCGAGAUGCCGACACCAAACAGCAAGUUCUAAGAAUCCAAAACUCACCAUGGACACAUCCAGGCAACAGGAGGAUGGCGACACGGCCCCCGGAUACACCAUCCCUCACCGCAGACUUGGUGCGCUAGAGCACCCCAUGAUCAUCAAGGAUCUGGACAAGGGAAUAAAGACAUUCGGGCAAAAUAAUGCGCUCCAAGCCAUCCUCGAUUCAGCUAGUCCCCAGAUCUCAGUACCUCUGUAUCUCCGCUAUGACAACCCAACAGCAAGGCCGCUGACCUCUCACAAUGCACUGACGCACAAUGUUGUCUUGAAAGUCACAAUUCCAAGACGCACCGGGAGGAAGCGCAAACGCGGCAGUGAUGGUCCAUGGGAAGGGGAGGUGCAGCAGCCUGCCGAUGGGCAGAGCUCGGUUGUAUCCCCGGAGGUGCUCUCAAGGGAUAGGCUCGACGCCCCGCAGGUUAUUCGGCGCAAGCUCCAGGACAACGUAGGGAAGUACACGGUCGAGCCGAUUGGUGUCGUCAACAGCACCCACCGCUACCGAGGCCUUGCCGACUUCCAGUACGCCCUGGGGGAGUCCAAGUUCAUGCAGAAAUUCGUCGAGAAGGUCCUCCCCGGCGACGUGGCAAAGCUCAAGGAGUUCUCGCUCCAGCCAGGGAUCGAGUCCGGGACCAACAUCGAUUUGAUCCCCCCCCCGUAUUUCACCCCGAUCAGCCUACCGUUUCCCUACAACUACGCGCAAAACCCGCACACCAAAGAAAUCAGCGCCGGCCGGGCCGACGCCCGGGGGACCGUGCCCGAGGACCAGGAGUACGACCGCGUCAUCAACGUCACCUCGCGCAUCCCCGCGGCCGGCUACUUCAUCGCGCACGACGAGUACCCCGUGCCGAGCGGGCCGCGCCGCCAGCCGGACAUGUCGGACCCGCAGAUCGCCGCCAUCAUCAACGAGAUGCGCGCGGCGAUGGACGAGCGGCCGAUCUGGACGCGGCGCAGCAUGUGGAACCGGCUGGGCGCCAAGUUCGCCGAACUGCCCAAGAACGGCGGGCUCGUCCGGCACUGCCUGCAGUACGCGGGCUACCAGUUCAAGGGCGGGCCGUGGCGCGACGCGCUGAUCAAGUACGGGGUCGACCCGCGCGCCGACCCGCAGUACCGCGUGUACCAGACGCUGAUCUUCAAGCUGCACAAGUCGCGCAUCGGGUCGGUCGGGCGCUCGUGGCAGGCGGUGCGGCGCAAGGAGAUUGGCGUGUCCAACUUUGGCAAGGCCUGGCAGGACCUCGAGGGCGUCGACGAGGCGCUGCUCAACACGCACAUCUUCAACGGCCAGGCCUUCAGCACCGACGGCAAGGUCUGGCAGGUCUGCGACAUCACGGACCCGCUGCUGGCGCGGCUCUUCCGCGACGCCGAGGUCCGCCCGGAGUGCGAUGUGGAGAUCAGCGGCUUCUACCACCGCGUGCUGUGGUCGGUCGCCAAGGCCAUCAUGAAGUGCAAGAUGGUCGCGAUCCGCUUCAACCGCACGCUGACCGACGACGCCUUCAACGCGGCGCUGGAGGUGGCGAAGGGGAUGCCGCACGAUGGCGGGGACGGUGGCGGCGGGCCGGGGAAGAGCAUCGGCAUUGACCUGCCGGAUCUGGGGCUGACCGAGGCCGAGUACGACCAGCUCCGCGGGGGCAAGUACCGACCCCGGCCGGGGAUCAAGGGGUUUGGACGCGAGCAGGUGGAAGGGAUGGGCCGGCGCCGGAAGACGCAUUAUCGCGUGCGGAUCCCGCUGAAGGAGGCCGAGGAACGCGAGGCGGUCAAGAUGAUCCGGCUGCUCACCCAGAAUGCGCAGGACAAGAGGGCUGGCGAGGGAGCAGCAGAAGCAAAUGCCGGGCCUGUGGACGAAGCGUCUCUGCAGCAGACAGGGGAUGGCGCAGGGAGUGUCGAUACCAGACCAAACUACGAGGAAGAGGAUAAGGCGGAAGAGCACAGGGAUGAGGACGAGUUUCAGGAGAUUCUCGAGGACAUGGAAGAAGAGGGCAGCGAGGACGAGGAAGAGGAAGAGAGCGAUGAAGGCGAGGAAGGUGCCGGAAUAUCGUCCAGGAAGCGCUUGCCAGGCCAAGACGGGGUGUCUGGUGACGAAGCAGAACUGGAGGAUGAUGAAGAAGAGUAUGGAGAGGGUGAGUAUUCCGACGAAGAGGACCAGGAAGAUGUGGAAGAUGGAGAUGAGGAUGAGGAUGAGGAUGAGGAAGAGGAAGAGGACGGCUAUCACCGUGCUGAGGAUGGUGAAGACGGAUUUGACGAGGAGGAAGAGUAUUAUGACGAAGAGGGUGAAGGAUUCCCGCAACCAUGGGAAGCUGGGGAAGGUUAUGAUGAUGAGGACCAGUACAGGAAUCGGUACUAGGAGUAGCUUGCAGGGUUGUCGUCUAUGCGUCUUGUCGGAUAAGCACCGUAGGACAUCGAGAGGAGGCAAAGACGAUUAAAUCUAAUCUGCAA